UUGACUUACUAUCAAAUAUGAAUAUUGUGCUGGGAAACGAACUAAAAUCGAACGAAAUAUUUACGUUUUAAUGUUAAAAUGUAGGAGAAAAAAAUGUUUGUUUCACACAAGGAAAUUCCUUCAAGCAUACAAACCACCACCGAUUACACCAAGAAACUAUAUACGUAUAUAAAUACAAUGACGAUUGCGCGCGCAUUAUCAACAAGUCAAUUCAAAUAAGGGGUGGGUGAUAUGAGCCCGAGGUGAUCCCUAGUCCAUAACACCCGAUUAUUCACGAAUAAGCUACAGCCAAGCAGAACCGACCGAAUAAUUUUUUAUUCGUUGGGCUGAAUUUAACUUUGUGCGAUAUCAACCAUACCAGCAGUGUGUCAUGUUUAGUUCCGCGACAACAACCGGUGCGAUUAGAUGUGCUAACAGAAUGAUGUAUAUAAUAUUGUUGUAAGAGACGAGAAAUGUGUUUACAAAAUAUGUUACGUUCGUUGAGUUGUUGCGAGUAAAAACAACGUCGUUCUGUGAAUGGAUUUAAAAAAAGGAUUUUUGUUUGAAUAAAGUAAUUGGGAAGGAUAUUAUUGAUGUACCGAAUUUGAUGUGUUGGUCGUAUGGAUUGUAAUGUCUUUGAUAAAAAAUAAAUAUUUUUUAUUGCAAAAUAACUUGACGGUUUAGAAUCAAUUGUUUUAAACUAUUGCCGAAUGAAAUCCAUUUGAUUUAUGUUGCCAAUGCAAUUUAAAAUGAUUCAAAAUUAAACGAUUGGAGAAUGUAAUAUUCUUUUGUGACCUGUAUGAUUGGCAUGGAUUUUCAAAGUGCAAUGGAAACGUUUGCUGAAGCUUGGGUAGCUGCUAAUACUGGAACACAGACACAAGCACUGGCUUUGAUUUGCUCAAAAUCACCUGUCAAAGAUCACACCGAAACCGUAACUGAUCGCGAAAAAGAGGCAAAUCGAAUAGAGAAUUCAAGCCCGAAAAUUCGGACACAUCAGAAUAAUGGUAACAUUGAAUCCAGUCAAACAAAUUCUUCAUCGAUAGCAACGGGUGAACGGGGCGAAAGGAGCGAUAGAAGUGAAGGUCGAGAAACAGCGGUCAAUUUGAAAUUACGGUCCAAUUUGAAUUCGCCCAGUGAGAACGGUAUUUCAUCGACAUUCAUGUUGGAAAAAGGUGCCUCAUCGCCGACAAACGAGCGCAAAGGAUUCGAUUUUUCGAAAGUUAAUGCCAAAUCGCUGCCGAUUCAUUGCAUAGUUGAGUCCAUAACAUCACUGCAAGGAUCAUUGAGUGCAGACAGUCGAAGCCAGUGGAAACAAAGACCAAACAUUGAAGCUGACAGUUAUGUGAUUGUACCAGCAGCAACGCUAUUUUCAGAUCUAGUUAAUACGGCCCUGCAAAGACUGGGCUAUUCUCCCGAUAUAGCCAGUACAGCUAGAGGAUCAAUUAUUGUUAAGAAUUGGAAACCGUUGCCGUUGGAAAGCAUUUCGGACAAUCCGAUGGUGUGUGUUAGUGAAAUUUUGGGUGAACUGACAUCGGUGGUCACAUUGCGAAUUGUUGUACUGCGUACGAAGCCAUCAAUGCUGACUGAGAUAAAAGAUAAACUUCUGAAAUUGUUAGUUCUACAAUCGCAUGCAGUUCUACGUUCGGCUGGUUGUCCUUUGGACGAGAUGACACUGUCCCAAAUAUGCCGCAAUUCGUUUUCCCUGAACAACGACGUAUCCGAAGAUGUCCGUCGCAAAUUCGAUCAAUGGUGGUGCAAUCAACUAACGCCCCAAACCAAUUCUCUAACAUCGAAAAUUCUGCCGUUUCUCAAUCCACAACAGCAGAACGAUAUCGAUUUUUCGCAAAAUCAUAAUUUGGCUGCGAGCCGAGAGUCGUUGCUGGACAAUCACCAUCACAACAUGAUUGUUCAUCCGGCUUUGCAGACGGUUCACUCUCAGUACACCAGUCAAAAGACCCGAAUGCGCACUAGUUUUGAUCCCGAAAUGGAACUGCCGAAAUUACAGCGUUGGUUUCACGAAAAUCCUCAUCCCAGUCGUCAACAAAUUCAGUCAUACGUCAUUCAAUUGAAUUCGCUGGAAUCGAGAAGGGGCCGAAAGCCGUUGGACAUUAACAAUGUCGUGUAUUGGUUCAAAAAUGCUAGAGCGGCACAAAAAAGGGCCGAAUUGCGAGGUCACGGUAUAGUGAACGGAUUCGGUAAUCAACAGUCAGAUUUGAUGAUGCAGCACUCAGACUACAUCAAGAGUCCGAUUAGCCUCAAGUCAGAAGAAAUUGAGAACAUUUCCCAGCAUUCAGAUGACAUUGAUGAUAUAAUGGAUCAGUCGAUGUCGUCUCAGUUACCAUUAUCUUUGACCACCCAUGAGAGACAUAGAUCGUCAACCGACAGUAAUCUUAUGCAAAAGUCGAUACGUAGUUUCACGCAGAGCCCGUUGAUGAUGGGCAGUAGCAAUGCAAGUCAACAGAACGAUUCAAUCAAUGACCUAAACGACAAUGCCCACGCCACCGACAACAAUUCCAACAAUAACGAAAAUCUCAAUGAACGAUGCGAUUCGAUAAAGAACUCACCCGAAUCGGAAGACUUGGACAUGGAAUCGGACAUAAAUCCUGUGGACGAAUUCCGUUCACCAUCACCGGAUUCGCGGCGAGACGUCCCAUUCCCGAUGGUACCGAAUUCAAUGUUUUCGCAUUCCAUUAUGUACAUGAGCCAUUAUAUCCCGCAAAUGGGCGCUGGCGGCCAUCAUCCAACGAUACCGAAUUCGACGAGCCCGAGAUCGUUAAGCCAAAACAGCUUAAGUUUAGCCAAUAUGUCCAAUGACGAACGUCGCAAACGGAAUAGGACGUUCAUCGAUCCGGUAACGGAGGUGCCGAAGCUGGAACAAUGGUUUGCUAUGAAUACGCAUCCGUCGCAUAAUUUAAUUUUAAAAUACACCGAGGAUUUGAACCGGAUGCCGUACAGGCAAAAGUUUCCGCGCCUGGAAAGCAAAAAUGUUCAAUUUUGGUUCAAAAAUCGCCGUGCCAAGUGCAAGCGAUUGAAAAUGUCGUUGUACGAUCCAGUUCCGAUGUCUGCAAUGGGCCCAUUUACUCAUAACGAAAGAGACUAACAAUUUUCAUAGAGAGAAAACGAGUCACACGUUUCGAGAAAUGUGGGUGAUUGUUUCAUACCGACACUCAUAUUGGCUUGCUGAUUUAUGAAUUUGAUUCGGAAAACUUGCAAUAGCUUUUCAUUGGUCACGGAAGCUGCAGUAUCGGUUGUAUGUAUAAAUUUACACCGACGAAUUCGACUCGUUGCCAAACCAAAACCGGAUCUAGAUUGACAAUUUGUAGUGUCGCACUGUCGAAGAUUGAUCUGAUAGCACUGGUAUAUUAAGGUAACAAUUAAAUAAAUUUUUGAAUUCAUCAAAAAGAAUAAAAUGAAUAAAAUUGAAAACAGUGUAAUGUGAACAUAGUAUAAUAUGGCUGUAUUUAGACCGAUAAGAUGUAAAAAAAAAAUAGUGCUAGUCGCUUCCUCCAACCAAUCCAUUACAAUUGGUAUAAUACUGAGAUAAAUGGAAUUGUUGCUUUUAUUCUGACGGUCUUCGCAAGACCACCCACAGGAACUGGUUUGUAGUGUUCGGUAGUGAGUAAAUCAAGAAA